UUUUUUAAUCAAAUUGAAUUUUUCUUUGUACUAAACCGGCUGCUGCAGAAAUAAAAUAAUUUAUUUAAUUAAUUAAAACUAUAAAAUGUCUGAAGUAGAAAAAGCUCAAGCGGCAGCAGGAACUGCUGCCAAUGAGGAUACAAUAUUUGGUAAAAUAUUGCGCAAAGAAAUUCCCUGCAAAUUCAUCCACGAGGAUGAAAAGUGUGUAGCAUUUCAUGAUGUAAAUCCCCAAGCUCCAAUUCACUUUCUAGUGAUUCCAAGGAAACCUAUUGCCCAGUUGUCACUUGCUGGUGCUGAAGAUGCUGAAUUGUUAGGUCACCUUAUGAUUGUAGGUAAAACUGUAGCCAAGCAAUUGGGUAUGGAAGAAGGUUUUCGUGUUGUCAUUAACGAUGGUAAGCAUGGAGCACAAUCUGUGUAUCAUUUGCAUUUGCACUUUAUCGGUGGCCGACAAAUGCAAUGGCCACCUGGCUAAUUGUUGUUGAUAAAAGUCAAAGUUGAAUUUAUGUAAAUGAUUUAUAAAAAACUGAAUAAAUAAUGAAAUUGAAAAA